AUAACCGUGCUGUUGCUGAAAAGUAAUGGCAUAUUACCAGUGAAAGGAAGAUUUCGGCAACCAAGUGGCCAACACGACCGACGAAAAUGUUGGACCUAUUUACGAUUUUUAGCAAAGGCGGAAUCGUCUUAUGGUAUUUUCAGGGAACGUGCCAGGCUUUUGAGUCACCAGUGAAUGCCCUGAUAAAAAGUAUCAUUUUACAGGAGCGUGGUGGAUCCAGCUCAUUCAAUCAUGGCUCCUUGACACUCAAGUACAAGCUAGACAACGAGUUUGAACUCAUUUUUGUUGUCGCUUAUCAAAAGAUUCUCUCCUUGUCCUACGUGGAUAAGUUCAUCGACGACGUCCACUUGGAAUUCCGUGAUAAGUACAAGGAAGACCUGAAGAUUGGCAGUCUCUUUGGGAAGUUUGACUUCACGGGGGAGUUUGAACGAUUACUGCAGCUAGCUGAGAAAGAGAGUAGAGAAAAGGCUAAGAUUGGUAAACAGAUGCGAACGUUUGAAGAGUCCCAAAAAUCCAAGAAGACGGUAGCUUCCAUGAAGAUUGAACCCAAGAAAGAGGAGAAAAACAAGACCAACAAAGCCAAGAAAUCAGCUGUGAAGCCGGAGCCAACCCCUGCCCAGAUCAUUACCAAUAGCAACAAAGAUGAUCAGCAAGAACAGCGGCUGGAUGAGGAGACUAUCCGCAAGAAUCGGGAACGUCUCUUCAACAGGGCCAAACCCAAGAAAGUUGACAAAUCUCUAAAAGUUAGUGCCAAAGAUGACAAGAAAAAGAAAGGCAAAGAAGCCAGACAAUGGAGCAAUGGCGGAACUGUAAAAGACAUGCCUUCAUUGGACUACAGCGCAAAGAAUGACACGGAUGGUAGCGGUGAAGGUGUGAAUGGGAACAAGCAGUUACCCCUAGAUGAACAGAUGGCCAUGGUAGGUUCAAUGGCUGGAGAUCUUCAGAACAUUGAUGAAUCCAGUGGGGAUGAGGUUGAAGAGGAGGAGGAAGAGGUUGAGGAACCACAGAAGGCCAAAGUGACUAAUGAGAAACCCAGCAAGUCCAGUGGGUUUGGCGUUUUCAACAUGUUCCGGGGCCUGGUUGGUUCCAAGAGCUUGACCAAGGAGGAUAUGGCCCCGGCUAUGAAUAAAAUGCAAGACCAUCUGACAGCCAAGAAUGUGGCCCGUGACAUCGCUGAGAAACUCUGUGAUUCUGUCUCUACCAAGCUAGAGGGAAAAGUCAUGGGAACCCUCAGCCGUGUAACCUCCGUCAUCCGUGAAGGCAUCGAGGAGUCCCUGGUUCAGAUCUUGUCUCCACGUCGUCGAAUCGACAUCCUUCGUGAUGCCAUGGAAGCAAGAUCUCGUGGCAAGCCUUACUCUAUGGUCUUCUGUGGAGUUAAUGGAGUCGGGAAAUCCACCAACCUAGCCAAGAUAUGUUUCUGGUUAGUGGAGAAUGGCUUCGCUGUGCUGAUAGCGGCCUGUGAUACAUUUCGAGCUGGUGCCGUCGAACAACUGCGCACCCACACUAGACACCUGAAUGCACUGCAUCCAGCGGAGAAACAUGGAGGGCGCUCUCCAGUCCAGCUGUAUGAGAAAGGUUAUGGAAAGGAUGCAGCUGGUAUUGCCAUGGAAGCUAUUAAGUAUGCUCGGGAUUGUCACUUUGACAUUGUGUUGAUCGACACAGCUGGGCGGAUGCAAGACAAUGAGCCACUCAUGAGAGCUCUAUCCAAGCUCAUCAAGAUCAACCAGCCAGAUCUCGUCCUGUUUGUGGGAGAGGCCUUGGUUGGUAACGAAGCAGUGGACCAGUUGACCAAGUUCAACCGCGCCUUGGCCGACCACUCAGACAUGGACCAGCCCCGACUGAUUGAUGGCAUUGUGCUUACCAAAUUUGACACUAUUGAUGAUAAAGUUGGUGCCGCUAUCUCAAUGACCUACACCACUGGUCAGCCCAUCGUAUUUGUUGGUACCGGUCAGACAUACCGUGACCUCCGCAAGCUGAACGUCAAGGCUGUGGUCAAGGCUCUACUGAAAAACUAAGGUGUGCGAUGCGGCAGCGAAUCAACAUUGUUAGAAUAUCAACGAAAUGGAAGUGUGACCAUCCAUUAAAACAAGAAUGUAAGAUUUUAAUUUUGAUUUGUCAGGAGAAUGACAGACAACUUACUGAUGAUUUCUCACAGAACUCUCUUUCAUUUGAGAAUUUGUUGAAUCUUGUCCCCUAAAUGCCGAAAUUUGGGGGCAUUUCAAACAAUAACAAUUCACAAUUUUGCUGUCUGCAGAGGAAAUGACCAUCGUUUUUGUAGUAUCAAAACCUGGCCAACUUUGUUCAGGCCGUCUAUAUUUUUUGCUUGGAAUUUCAGCAAAUAAAAAAUGUGGAAGAUUUGAGCUAUCAAAAGUGAACUUCAUACACAGUUGUUUACCAAAAUCUUUCUGAAAUUUAAGCCCAAACACAGGAAUACUCAAUAUUCAUAUUGAAAACGGACAGACAAGAGUUUUUCACCAACUCAAGGAAUACUGUUUGAUCAUGAUAGCUCUUGAGUAUACAUACUGAGAUCUGCUCAGAAAAAAGUGGUCAAUUUCAGUGUUACAUUCUGCCAUAAAUUAUUGGAGCUAUUAUAAGGGUUUAAAACAUUCACUUAUAUUACAAAUUACUAAUUUAUUAGAAGAAAUAUAUAUCUAUGUUUUAUGGCAACUGAGGACUACAGCUGUCCUAAAUUUCUGUACGUUUAUUUAAAUGGAGUAUGAUUUUUGUUGUAGACUGGUGCCUGACUGCUGUUUAUUACCAGAAGAUGUUCUUGACAAGUCCAGGUACUUGACAAUUCCAGGUACUAGCACUUGCCAGGUCUCGAUAUUUUAAUUUUUCUUUUUCCGAUUCAUUUAUUUGUGUAAACCUCAAAGCUUCAGAGGAUCAAUGUAUUUACACCGAAAGUGCAUAAAUUUAUUGCAAACAUUCAUGUUUUUUUUUUUGAAAAAAAAAAUGAGACUUGAUCGUUGCAUUCUGAAUUCUCUCUGGACGCUCAGUUUAUUCUUUCUGUCAUGCAAUUUUGGAAAAAUCCUCAACUUGAUGAGCGUCGACAAAGGUGAUAUUAUUACCUUUAAGUUGUUAUCUUGCUGGUAAUUUCUAUUCACUGUCCUAUUAAUGUUUGUGAAUUUGAUGUAACUCUUCAAGCUCAUAUUUGUUCUUUCCCUUGUGAGUCAUUGAAGGGUGAGGGUUGUUCAGAAGCAAACCAAAGGCAUUGUGAAAUGGUCGACUUCUAAAACACUGAGGUUUGGUUUGCCCUUGAGCAUUGGAGGGUGCUAUGGCGAGGGUAUUGAAAAUGUGGUGGAGAUAAUAUGAUGUUGUUGAUAUCAAGUGUUUCUCAUAGAUAAACACUUAAUAUAAUGACCAAAAUCGAGAUACCUUUGACUCAGUAUUAAAUGACCUCUGAAUAAUGAUAAGAUAGUUUAAGUUGAAUAUCUUUUUUUUAACAUCUCAGCUUUGGAACUUGCGUUAUAUUACUUUUGAUAAAUGUAAGUGUCAAUUUGCUGUUACGUUCAUCUUAUUUUGAGAAAAAAAAUUGUUGAUUACUUUCAAUCCAA